ACCUUCGCGGCACGCACACGUGCGCUCGACUUAACCUACACUCGAAUUGUAACGCGAUGCCGAUGGCUACGAUACACGCUUACCAAAAUCUUGGUGUUAAUCAAAAACUUACACAGCUUCAAAAUCAGCCGCCCAGACGUCUGGCCCCGGCGCCUGAUGCGGGGCGAUGCAAGAAGCGAUCGUACCUGCACCAGACGUAUCCAGCUCAACCUGCUUCAGUAGCCCGCAGGAACGCCAGAGAAAGGAACAGAGUGAAACAAGUAAACAAUGGAUUUGCUGCCCUCCGUCAACACAUUCCAUCAGCUGUUACCGCCGCGCUCGCUGGUGGCAGGGGAUCUUCAAGAAAACUAAGUAAAGUUGAUACUUUACGAUUAGCUGUUGAAUACAUUAAAAGUCUGAAACGGUUACUAGAUGAAAGCGAAGAAGGCUGUUCCGAAACGCAAAUGAGUUUAGGAUUAAAUACAAGUGGACCUCAAACUCCCCCGUCAUCUGAAGAAUCUCACUCACCUGCUCCAUCUCUUUUAUCGGAAAGCUCCGCAAGUGCCAAUUGUCAUGAAGUUUACGAUUCCUACGAGCCCAUGAGUCCUGAAGAUGAAGAGCUUCUUGAUGUUAUAUCGUGGUGGCAACAACAGUGAACUGAGGUACCGAGUUGACGGUGAUCAAAGUAAAGGCAUUAAGCCGCGUAUUGGUUGUGAAAAAAUGAUGACUUCAAGAAGAGCCCGAGCGAUGGAGCGCAAGGGACUCUGAGUGAACCUCUAAUUAAGCGCAAUCAGUGUAUUCCUAAUGAGAGGGGAUAAUGGUAGACUAUAACGAUCCCAUCGAUGCAUUCCGCCGAGCGAACGAACGACUGAAGACUCCGCUUACAUUUCAUACGUGUAUGGAAUUGCAGCACUAAGACUGAAAUAUUCAUUGUUCCAUAGAAGCAUUUAGAUUAAUUGUAAGAGACUUAAUAAACGCUGUGCCUUUAGCUAGCCUUAGAGUAACUUCCAGUAGAAUUUAGUUUUACAUAGUUAUGUUUGUAUAUUGUUUUCUAGUCAUUAGUGUUAAGUAUAUUAUAUUGUACAGAAUCUAUUGAAAUGAUAACAAAUUAUUUGUUGAAAUAAACAACUAUGCCUUUUUGGCUAAAACUAUUUGGAAGUUUUCAUUAAACCCGGAAUAGUUGUAAAGCUAUUUGACAGUGUUAAAUAAGUAAACUUAGUACCUAUAAAAGAUUCCUAAUAAUAUAAGUUUUAAUAGUUGUUAUAUAUUGAAAUAUUUCACCUGAAAUUAACUACUAUAUUUAAAUAAAUUUUUAAUAAAC